CGUUUUUUUUCAAAGAUGUCAGUCGACCUAUAGAAUUUUAAAGUAAUAAUCACAUGUGUAUACGAUUGUAAUAAUUAUUAUGGAAAAAGUUACAUAAUUACGACUGUGUUAAUCAAUAUUCACGUAACAUUGAGCAAAAUGUCGGGUAACGGAAAGCCGAGAAUUAUCGUUUUUGAUUUAGAUUAUACAUUAUGGCCAUUCUGGGUUGAUACGCAUGUAACGCCGCCUUUCAGAAAAGGUAAAGGCAGUGAAGUAGUUGAUGCACAUGGACAAGUAAUUAAAUAUUAUAAAGAAGUACCUCAAGUUCUGAAAGAACUAUACACCGAGGGAUAUGAAUUGGGUGUAGCAUCUCGUACAUCAGAAAUUCGUGGUGCCUAUCAAUUGUUAAACUUAUUUGGCUGGGAUAAAUAUUUUAAGUAUAAAGAAAUAUAUCCAGGCUGUAAGGUGACACAUUUUUCGAAAAUAAAAAAGGAUUCUGGCAUGGACUAUAAGGAUAUGAUAUUCUUUGACGAUGAAGACCGCAAUAUACGCGAUUUAACAAAAGUAGGAGUUUUAUCUAUACUAGUAAGGAAUGGUGUAAACCAUGCUUGCGUACGUGAUGGAUUACAUAAAUAUGAUAUGAAAAUUACCCAACGGCUUCAGCGACUGGCCUCGUCGACUCCUGGCCGAUGAACACAUGGCAGGCGAACCUCUGCAGGGUGGGGUGCUUCGUGAUGAAGCCGAGGUAGCGAUGGUCACGUGGAUG